AUGGCCUCCUCCGGUGGGCCUGCGGCCCCUCCCUCUCUCGAGCGCGUGGUUGGGGAGGCCUUUGUCAAGGCCGGGCAGUUCAACCUGGAGGUGGACGAGGUGGAAGGGGCGUCCAAAGCGCUGGAGCGGUGGCGCCGUGAGACGGGGCUGCCGCUGGUGUUGGAGGUCUUCUUGCAGCCGUGGGGCGCCGCCGCUGGCGGGCAGCCCGACAAGGCGGAGACGCUGCUUGAGCGGUGGGUGGUUCAUUACUACCCCAUGCUGCCAGAGGGCCCCUCCCACCUGUCCCGCUCCCAAAUCUCCCGCCUCAACCCCUCCUCCGUGUACAAGCGCCUGGUCAUCACGCUGCGCUCGCUGUACACGUACGUGCGGGUGCUGCCAGCGUACCGCAUGUACCGCGCGUGCAAGCGCCAGCGCGGCAGCAACUUCACCCUCGGCUACCGCCUGCACAGCACGCUGCCGGGGGCGGCGGCGGCGGCGGCGCCCGGCGCGCGCCGCAUGCAGUCGUUCCGCUUUGGCGCCGUGGACACGCCCUAUGGCCAGCUGCGCAUCGGCGUGGACUACCAGCCAGCCACCACCGUUACCAUCCUGGAGCAGACCACGUCGCCGCCGCCGCUGCCGCAGAUCAUAGCAGAUUACGUGGGCGGCCCGGCGGCGCGCGGCGGCGGCAGCGGCCGCGCCCCGCUGCGCCACGCCAUGUCGUCGGCGGCGGAGGGGUGGGGCGCGGGGCGCGGCCCCUCCCCGCCCACCCCCACCCACGCACGCCAGCAGCGGGGCGCGCUGGCCUCGCCGCAGGCGCAGCAGCAGCAGCAGCAGCAGCAGGCGGGGGGUAGCCCGGGCGGCGGGGCGGAGCGGCCGGGCGGCAUGCCCAUCCGGCGCAGCUGGAGCGCCAGCAUGCGCGGCGCCUCGCCGCACCGCGCGCCCACCUACCCACCCGCCGACCUCCCAUCCCCCGCCUCCCCACACGACUCGCCCUACGGAUCCACGCCGCAGGCGCUGCGGGCGGCCGGCGGCGGCGCCUCGGCGGCCGCCUCGCCUGGCGGCGGCGGCGGCGGCGGCGGCGGGGCUGCGCGGGAGGGCGGCGCCAGCACCGCCCUCAUCCGCCGCCCCUCCUGGUCCUCACGCUCAUCCGCCUUUGGCCAGCUGGCCGGGGAGGCGUCGCAGCAGGGUGUGGGAUACUCGGAUGUGCUGCCCUUUGCUCUGGACGAGGGCAGCGCCUCCUCCCCCCUCAACCCCCGCAGCCCCGCGCCGCCCUCGCCACCGCCGCCGCCCGCGGCAGCCUCCCUGGACCAGCUGCCCGUCAGCACCCCCGCGGGCGGCGGCGGCAGCCCGCUGGCCGCCGCCUCCCGCCAGCCUGCGCCCGCCGCCGGGCAGGGCGCGGCCCCAAGCUGCGGCGCAGCGACAGCAGCGCCGGCACCGGCGCCCGCCCCCGCCGCCGUUCCUGCCGUGGACGGCGACGCGGCCGUGGGCGCCUUUGUGCGGCUGAUCCAGGGCGCGCCGCCGCUGCGCAUGCAGGCUCCCCGGCUGGCGGGCCGCGCCUCCAGCGCCGAGCUGUCUGCCGCGGCGGGCCUGCGGGCGGCGCCCCCCGGCACCAGCAGCGGCAGCGACAGCAGCGCGGCCACCUGCCUGUCGGACGGGCGGGGGCUCACGCUGCAGGCGGGCCUGCGCCAGUUCUCCAGGAUCAGGGAGAGGCUGCAGCAGCGCGGCGUGCUGGUGGGGCCUUGGCCCGCAGAGGCGUGA